AAAAAAACACUACUCCGUCAAUUUCUCUCUCUAACAUUCUCACUCUCUCACUCCGUGAGUCAAAAAUUCACAAAUACACUACAGUAGAGAGAGAAAGUUGAGCAGAAAGAGAGAUCAGCAUUCUCUCUCACUCUACACUUCAAUGCAAAUCCUCAAUUCGGUAGCACUCAUUUUUGACCGCCAUAAGUUGUGGGCUCUAGCUCUGAAUCAUUACUACCUCUACUUUGUGGGGCAAAAAAGCUAGGGUUCUUGAAUUAGCGUAUAUUCUUUGUAUUAAUCAAACAUUGCCUUUGAUUGCUGCGGAAUUAAUUAGCGUUUGUUGGAAGAUUUGUGUGUUUGUUUGCAGUUUUGAUUGAUCGGGUUGUUUGGGGUUUUGAAUGAAGGCCCGGAGUGUAGAAUGUGAUGAGAAAUGAGGGUUAGGGCUAGGGUUGGAGUUUGGUUAUAUGAGAGAUGGGGUGUGUGUUCGGAAGAGAGAUUUCGUCGUCAGGGCCGCCCAGCUCGGAGAUUGUAGUAGAGAAGCGGAGGGAGAAGGAGAGAGAGAGGGAUUUGGCGGUUCCUUCGGGGAGGAGAGAGAAAGUUGCAGUUGAAAAGGCGGAGGGUGGUGGUGGUGAGGUUCAGAAUGGUGGGGAUCAGAAGGAGGAACAGAAGGAAGGGAGUACGCGGCCGAGGGGGGAGAGGAGGCGGUCCAGGACGAAUCCGAGGUUGAGUAACCCACCCAAGAAUGUGCACGGAGAGCAAGUGGCUGCUGGGUGGCCUUCUUGGCUCUCGGCUGUGGCAGGUGAGGCAAUCAAUGGGUGGACGCCUCGUCGGGCCGACACAUUUGAGAAAAUUUGUAAGAUUGGGCAAGGUACAUAUAGUAAUGUGUACAAAGCUAGGGAUGCUAUAACAGGGAAAGUUGUUGCUUUGAAGAAGGUUCGAUUUGACAAUUUGGAGCCCGAGAGUGUAAAAUUUAUGGCUAGAGAGAUUUUGAUCCUGCGAAGAUUGGAUCAUCCCAAUGUUAUUAAACUGGAAGGUUUAGUGACAUCGAGGAUGUCAUGUAGUUUGUACCUUGUAUUUGAGUAUAUGGAGCAUGAUUUGGCUGGACUCGCAGCGAGCCCAGGAAUCAAGUUUACAGAACCUCAGGUCAAGUGUUUCAUGCAUCAGCUAUUGUCAGGGCUUGAACACUGUCAUAACAACCAUGUGCUGCAUCGGGACAUUAAGGGGUCAAAUCUUCUUAUUGACAAUGAAGGGGUUCUUAAAAUUGCUGAUUUCGGGUUGGCUUCUUUCUUUGAUCCUAAUCACAAACAGCCCAUGACUAGUCGGGUGGUUACUCUAUGGUACCGGCCCCCAGAGCUUCUUCUUGGGGCCACUGACUAUGGUGUAGGAGUGGACCUUUGGAGUGCAGGUUGCAUUAUUGCUGAACUAUUGUAUGGGAAGCCUAUUAUGCCUGGUCGCACUGAGGUGGAACAGCUGCACAAAAUAUUUAAGCUUUGUGGUUCUCCUUCUGAAGAAUAUUGGAAAAAGUCAAAGCUACCACAUGCAACUAUAUUUAAGCCCCAACAAUCAUACAGACGAUGCAUAGCAGAGACAUUUAAAGAUUUUCCACCUUCAUCACUGCCAUUAAUUGAGACACUUCUUGCAAUUGACCCCGCUGAACGUCAAACUGCCACAGCUGCGUUAGGGAGUGAAUUCUUCACAACCAAACCAUAUGCUUGUGAAUCUUCCAGCCUUCCAAAAUAUCCUCCCAGCAAGGAGAUGGAUGUGAAAUUACGGGAUGAAGAAGCUAGAAGACUGAGAGCUGCAGGUAAAGCCAACGCUGAUGGUGUCAAGAAAACUCGUACACGUGAUCGAGCUGUUAGGGCAUUCCCUGCCCCAGAAGCCAAUGCUGAGUUGCAAGCCAAUCUUGAUCAGAGGCGGCGUCUAAUCACACAUGCAAAUGCAAAGAGCAAGAGUGAGAAGUUUCCUCCUCCGCACCAGGAUGGAACACUUGGUUAUCCUUUAGGUUCUUCACAUCACAUUGAUCCAGCUUUUGACCCUCCUGAUGUCCCAUUCAGUUCCACAAAUUUCUCAUAUCCAAAGGUGCCCAUCCAAACUUGGUCUGGCCCAUUGGUAGAUUCUGCCGUUGGCGCUCCAAGAAGAAAGAAACAUAAGGAUCCUCACAAGGAUAGGAAUUCUGCUCGGGUGAAGGACAAGGAAGCCAUGUAAUAUAUUGUUUGGUUCUCUACUCACGGGAGCCUUAAUAUACAAAGCUGCAAAUGUGGCUGGACCAGUAUAUUUUCAAUGCGAACCGGGAAAAUUGUUAAACUUCAUUGAGAGGUAUAGUAUUUUUCAUUUCAGAUUUCUUGUUUUCGUCCUAUUUUUGAAUGGUUGGAGCUUCUCCAGUAAUGUAUAUGUUGAUUUUUUUUUUUUCUCUCUGUGUUGACAAACUCUUUUUAUCAACUCUUUUUAGACUAGUAAACAAUCUAAUAAAUAUAUCACAGAACCUGCAAUGUUUACAUUUUGA